AUGCUGUCCUGCUCAGAUGUGCUGGAUCGACUGCAGGCCAGACAGAAAAUAGUGUAUGACUGUGUGUUUAAAAAUUCAGUGCUUUGGUUAGUGGUACGCUACCGUUUGAGUCCCUGUUUUUCAUAUGUUUGGAAGUGUUUCACGAAUCAGUCUGUUUUGUUGCUGAUAGAUGAAUGGAAGAAGAAAGUUAGUGAAUCGUAUGCUAUAAUCAUAGAGCGAUUAGAAGAUGACCUGCAAAUCAAAGACAAGGAGCUGGCAGAACUGAAGCAUGUUUUUAGCUCUGAUGAAGCCUUCUGCAAAGUCAAUUUGAAUUACCGCACAGAUAAUGGGCUCUCUCUUCUUCAUUUAUGCUGCAUAUGUGAGGGUAACAAAUCACAUAUAAGAACUCUUAUGCUAAAAGGACUGCGCCCAUCCAGAUUGACAAGAAAUGGAUUUACUGCUCUGCACCUGGCAGCUUAUAAGGACAACGCGGAACUUAUAACAGCGCUGCUGCACGGCGGAGCCGAUGUUCAGCAGGUUGGAUACGGCGCUCUGACGGCCCUUCACAUUGCCACAAUAGCUGGGCAUCACCAGGCUGUUGAUAUUCUUUUGCAGCACGGAGCUUAUGUGAAUGUUCAGGAUGCAGUUUUUUUCACCCCAUUGCACAUUGCUGCAUAUUAUGGCCACGAACAGGUAACUCAUCUCUUGCUGAAGUUUGGAGCUGAUGUGAAUGCAAGUGGGGAAGUUGGAGACAGGCCUCUCCAUUUAGCUUCUGCCAAGGGUUUUCUCAAUAUUACGAAGCUCUUGAUGGAAGAGGGAAGCAAAGCUGAUGUGAAUGCUCAGGACAACGAAGACCAUGUUCCUCUGCACUUCUGCUGUCGAUUUGGGCACCAUGAAAUUGUCAAGUUCUUACUCCAGAGCAGCUUUGAAGUUCAGCCCCACGUGGUUAACAUCUAUGGAGACACACCGUUACACCUUGCUUGUUACAGCGGGAAGUUUGACGUGGUCAAGGAAAUAAUUCAACUCUCAGGAACAGAAAGUCUCACCAAAGAGAACAUCUUCAGUGAAACGGCUUUCCACAGUGCUUGUACCUAUGGAAAGAACAUAGAACUUGUCAAAUUCCUUCUCGACCAGAAUGUUGUAAGCAUCAAUCACCAGGGAAGAGAUGGACAUACAGGGCUACACUGUGCUUGCUACCAUGGCCAUAUUCGUCUGGUGCAGUUUUUACUGGAUAAUGGAGCUGAUAUGAAUCUGGUCGCUUGUGAUCCCAGCAGGUCCAGUGGAGAAAAGGAUGAGCAGACCUGUUUGAUGUGGGCUUAUGAGAAAGGUCAUGAUGCCAUUGUGACCCUUCUGAAGCACUACAAAAGGCCUCAGGAUGAAUCACCCUGUAAUGAAUACUCGCAGCCUGGAGGAGAUGGCUCCUAUGUGUCAGUUCCAUCCCCUCUAGGGAAGAUUAAAAGCAUGACUAAAGAAAAGGCAGAUGUUCUUCUUCUCCGUGCUGGCUUGCCAUCGCACUUCCAUCUUCAGCUCUCUGAAAUAGAGUUCCAUGAGAUCAUUGGCUCAGGGUCUUUUGGAAAAGUAUAUAAGGGGCGAUGCAGAAAUAAAAUCGUAGCAAUUAAACGCUAUCGAGCUAAUACCUACUGCUCCAAAUCUGAUGUGGACAUGUUUUGCCGUGAAGUUUCCAUUCUCUGUCGACUGAAUCAUCCAUGUGUCAUCCAGUUUGUUGGAGCUUGUUUAGAUGACCCAAGUCAGUUUGCUAUAGUCACCCAGUACAUUUCUGGAGGAUCGCUCUUCUCCCUGCUUCAUGAACAAAAGAGGACUCUUGAUCUGCAGUCUAAAUUAAUAAUUGCUGUAGAUGUUGCCAAAGGUAUGGAGUACCUCCACAACCUCACACAACCGAUCAUACACCGUGAUUUGAACAGUCACAAUAUUCUGCUGUAUGAGGAUGGACAUGCGGUUGUUGCUGAUUUUGGAGAGUCGAGAUUUCUGCAAUCCCUGGAUGAAGACAACAUGACAAAACAACCUGGGAACCUGCGCUGGAUGGCCCCCGAGGUGUUCACUCAGUGCACGAGGUACACUAUAAAAGCUGAUGUUUUUAGCUACGCCCUGUGUCUCUGGGAGCUGCUAACAGGUGAAAUUCCAUUCGCUCACCUUAAGCCAGCGGCGGCGGCGGCAGACAUGGCGUACCACCACAUCCGCCCGCCCAUCGGGUACUCCAUCCCCAAGCCCAUCUGCGCGCUGCUGAUGCGGGGCUGGAACGCCUGCCCCGAGGGCAGACCAGAAUUCUCAGAAGUGGUCACAAAGUUAGAAGAAUGUCUGUGCAACAUUGAGUUGAUGUCUCCAGCCUCCAGCAACAGCAGUGGUUCUCUGUCUCCCUCCUCGUCCUCGGACUGCCUUGUUGCACGUGGAGGUCCUGGCCGCAGUCACGUCGCAGCAUUACGGAGUCGUUUUGAGUUGGAAUAUGCUUUGAAUGCGAGAGCUUACACUGUCUGGCCACAGAGCACUGGGCAAAACCCUUCUCAGGGUCUGUCUUUGGAUGACAUGAGGAGAAACUUCCAGUACCCUCCGAUUGACAAGAACGGUUACGUGUCGGAUCCCAUGAGCACCAUGAGGUUUCACUCCUGCAGCAGCAGUGGCAGCUUCGAGGAAAGCAGCUGACAGCACAGAGCUCCGUCCUGCAGAGCCAGGCACCCAGGGUCAGACUGGGCAGCCACGAACAGAACCGCUCCAUCGGCUGGUGCUGAGCAUCCCUGCCACCAGCUGUGUGCCAGCACCUGCUGCUGCUGACCAUGAGGAGGCUGCUUCUUUUGGUGGUGUGUAUCUGUCCUUGAACAAAGCUUUAACUAAAAACA